AGGAAGGAAGAGAUCUCCGUCACACAUAUACAAACACACGCUCUGCUUCGUCCAAUCACCAAACACGCUUUAAUGACUCUCACAUUUUCCUCCUCCGCCGCAACCGUUGCCGUUGCUGCUGCAACCGUAACCUCCUCCGCUAGGGUUCCGGGUUAUCCACUCGCCUCCUCAGCUACACUUCGCGGUCUCGUUUCCUUCAGGUUAACCGCCAAGAAGCUUCCGCCGCCUCUUCGUUCUCGCUGCGGCGGCGCGAGUGUGAGAGCGAUGUCUGAGCUUGUUCAGGAUAAGGAAUCUUCUGCCGCGCCGAGCAUUUCUUUCGAUGAAGCCGCCGGAGAGACGCCGAGUGAGCUCAAUCAUUCCCGUACUUUCUUGGAUGCGCGAAGUGAACAAGAUCUUUUAUCUGGUAUCAAGAAGGAAGCUGAAGCUGGGAGGUUGCCUGCAAAUGUUGCAUCAGGAAUGGAAGAAUUGUAUUGGAACUACAAAAAUGCAGUUUUAAGUAGCGGAGCUUCCAGGGCAGAGGAGACUGUUAUAUCAAACAUGUCUGUUGCUUUCGAUCGUAUGCUUCUUGGUGUUGAGGAUCCUUAUACUUUUAAUCCAUAUCAUAAAGCAAUCAGAGAACCAUUUGACUACUACAUGUUUGUCCAUACAUACAUUCGUCCUCUAAUUGAUUUCAAAAAUUCGUAUGUUGGAAAUGCUUCUAUUUUCUCUGAGUUGGAAGACAAGAUUCGGCAGGGACACAAUAUUGUAUUAAUAUCAAACCAUCAAAGUGAAGCUGAUCCUGCUGUCAUUUCCCUAUUGCUUGAAGCACAAUCUCCUUUCAUAGGAGAGAACAUUAAAUGUGUGGCUGGUGAUCGAGUCAUCACUGAUCCUCUUUGUGUUCCGUUUAGUAUGGGAAGGAACCUCAUAUGUGUGUACUCGAAAAAGCACAUGAACGAUGAUCCUGAGCUUGUUGACAUGAAAAGAAAAGCAAACACACGAAGCUUAAAGGAGAUGGCUACAAUGCUCAGGUUAUUGGAGCUAAAUAACGAAUGUUCUUAUUUUGAUUCUUCUUCGGUGGACAACAUGAGAAGAUUGGUUGAACAUUCUGGUGCUCCUGGACAUAUAUAUCCAAUGUCUUUGCUUUGCUAUGACAUCAUGCCCCCUCCACCUCAAGUUGAGAAAGAAAUUGGAGAGAAAAGGCUGGUUGGGUUUCACGGUACUGGACUAUCAGUUGGUCCUGAAAUCAGCUUCUCAGACGUCACAGCAGCCUGCGAGAACCCUAACGAGGCGAAAGAAGCAUACAGCCAAGCUUUGUACAACUCGGUCAAUGAGCAAUACAAGAUUCUAAACUCUGCGAUCAAACACAGAAGAGGAGUAGACGCAUCAUCUUCAACGGUCUCCUUGUCACAACCUUGGAAUUAGUCUCUCAUUUUUUUAGGGUAACACUUUCAAAAACCCUUAAAUAUCUUGUCUCAAGAAUUUUGCUGCAACUAUGUAUAUAUAGAGAGCAUUGUUCUUUUAUAUCUGCAGGGAUACACAAACACAAAUGAAUGGAAAUACUCAAAAAUGGAGAUAUUAUUCACACGUUGUCCUAGGGAGUGUCUUUGUUUUUUCGUUAUUUUCAAAACCAAAAAAAAAAAGUUCCAAAGUCUCCUUGAAACAACAAUAAAAAAAAAAAAAAAAAAACAGGUACGUUGGUUCUAACGUAGGAAUGGCUUGUGUACAUAUGGAAUAGUGAGAGAGAACAUACUCUUGCUAGGCUCUUUGGUCACAUAUGCUUUCAUAUGUAAUAUUCUUUUCUUUUUUU